AUUCAGAAGCCCAGAGAGAGUUUAUUCCGUAACGGGUUUUGAUCAGCACUGAGCAGUUUAUGGGAGAGCGAAAGGUUGCGCGUUUAUUUCGUUCUCAGCGCGUAAAUUAUGUAGAAUAACCGCGCAGGUGCGAUUUUAUUGAUGUUAUAUAAAAAAAAGCUCCGGUGACUGCCUGCAUUGAAUGCGACUUUAAAAGUGAACCAUAGGGGGCUUAGAAAAACUAUUUGAAUAGAAAUUGCGCUAGGCGAUGUAGACGCGUUAAAACGUCCAGAACUGACUAUAAUUUUGGAUUAAAGUCCAUCAUGGAGGUCCGUACAGCGCUCACGUGUGUUUUGUUCAGCGUGUUUCUGUGGGCAGGACACGCUCAGCACUCGGUACCUGAUUCAGUUUUAAACUGCUGCGAAGGCGAUGUCCUCUUUCUCCUGGACUCCUCUGGUAGCGUGGCCUCCUACGAGUUCUUCCGUAUGGUGGACUUCCUCAAGGAGCUCCUGCUGCCUUUCUCAUUGGGGCCGGACCAGGUGAGGGUGGGACUGCUGCAGGUUGGGACCGAACCCCAUCUGGAGUUCAGCUUUGACACCUACAGCUUUCAGGACAGACUGCAGGCAGCCCUGGGGAGGACUAAACAGCUGAAGGGCGACACCAACACGGUGGACGCUCUCCUGAUGGCUAGGAACCAGAUUCUGAAACAGGGCGUGCCAGGAGGUGCCAGACCAGAUCUGCCCAGGGUUCUGGUUUGGCUCACGGAUGGAGUGGAUCCCGGCGAGGUGCAGGAACCAAUGGCGAGGCUGCGGGAAGAGGGCGUGGCCGUCCUGGUGGUUUCCACUGGUCACGGGAACUAUCAGGUGCUGAGAGAGGCUGUGAGUCCACCCGCCGAGGAGCACCUGUUCUUUGUGGACAUUGAUGAUAUCAACAUCAUCAGUGAAGACUUGAGGAACGCAAUUAUUGAGAUUAUCCGGGCCGAGAGGCUACAGGUGAAGUCGGUCACCAGCACUACAGCUCAGCUGGAAUGGAGGCCUGUGUUGGCCGGCACCGGCUACUACGAUAUCCAGUUUGGUCCCAUCCGAUCAGGGCAGACCGGAGGGCCGGUAGGUCCAGGCACCAGUCCUGGCACUGGUUUGGGUCCUUUUCAGAGGAUCACGCGGCCCGGAGAUGCCAGCUCGGCUAAACUGACUGGCCUGAGUCCAGACACCACAUACACAGUCACGCUCACACCGAAGGCCAACCUGGAGUUCCUCAACUCUCUUCAGACCACCUUCACUACACAGCCAGUGAAUUCUCCUCAGCCAGAGGUGCAGACUCUGUCGACAGUGACCGUGUCAGAGUCCAACACUAACAGCGUGCGUGUGAGCUGGGGUCCGCUGCUGCCUCACCUCAUCCAGGGAUACCAGCUGGAGUAUUCAGCGCUUCCUACAGGCCCGCUGCGGGUCGUCAGCGUCAGUAACAGACAGAACUCCACAGUCCUGACCGGCCUGCAUCCCGACACGCAGUACCUGGUCACUGUGAGCGCGAGACAGGCCUCCGGCAGAGAGAGAGCCAUGACGGUUAAAGUCUGCACACAGGAGGUGUUGCCAGCUCUCUCAGAUCUGCAGCUGACCACAGUGGGCAAUGAGUCAGUGCAGCUCCGCUGGAAGGGGAGUUACGAUGGUCUCCGUGGUUACUGGGUCACAUGGGAGCGAGAUCAGAGCCAGCACUCCACCCUGUAUCUACCACCCAAUCGGCUGUCCACCACCCUCAACCAUGUGCCCUCCAGGGCCCGCGUCUGCGUCUCUCCGGUGUACCGGACGGCCCGUGGGGAGGGACUCUGCUGCACUGCUUAAAUGGGCUCCGCUGCGUUGACCUGGAACUGUGGAGCGCCAUUCUGCCAAAUAUGAAAGAUGGAGGAAUGAACAACACCAAAAACUUCCCACACAUAGACAGAUGGGAGGACAGAGGAGUCCAGGACGCUGUAACUGUUUGAAUACUCAUCACCCAUAGAUGGUGAUCUUGAAACACCCACACAACAUGCACUGACAAACAAGCUCCAAUUCACGCUUCUAACACAGAGACUAAAUGAGUCUGAACUCAAAAGUGACCUUCUGAAGAAUCAGACUUUUAAAGGAAUGUUUCGGGUUCAAGUUCAGUGCUAUUGACGGCUGAGAUCUGUUGCUUGCUGUGCAUUUUUCAGUUUAUAUCUCGCAAUUUGGACUUUUUUUCUUGCAAUUUUGAGGGAAAAAAGUAAGAAUUGCGUGAAAUAAACUCACAAUUCUUUUUUAUCACAAUUCUGAGUUUAAAUCUUUUUUUUCUCUGAAUUAUUUUUUCUGCCACAGAAAUUGCAACUUUUUCUUGCUAAUGCAAGCUUUUAUCUCACAAUUUUUUUUUUUUUUAAUUAUAAAUUAUGAAGAUAUAAACUCACAAUUCUUUUUUUCUCACAGCUCAGUUUUCACUUUUUGUUUCUCAGAAUUCUGAGUUUACAUCUUGCAAUUUCCUCUGUGGAAUAAAAAAGAAAGUUAAUUGCGACUUUUUUCUUGCGAGUUUAUAUCUGACAAUUUCGAGUUUAUAUCUCACAAUUUGGACUUUGUUUCUUAUAAUUCUGAGGAAAAAAGUAAGAAUUGCAAGGUAUAAACAGAAUUGUGAGAUAUAAACUCAAUUCUUUUUUGACAAUUCUGAGUGUAUAAUUUGAUUUUUUUCCCUCAGAAUUCUGAGUUUACAUUAUUCUGUUUUUUUGUUUCCACCACAGAAAAAAAGUUCAUUGAAAGCUUUUAUCUUGCAAUUGCAAGCUUAUUUCUCACAAUUCUCAGUUUAUAUCCCACAACUCUGAGAAAAGAAGUCUGAAUUAUGAGAGGAAAAUACCCAUUUAUUGUUCCUUUUAUUACAGUAAUGCACUUAUAAUAGAAGUCUAUGGGACAAGACAUUAAACAGUCCGUUGUUAGUAUCCUUUUGCAUUUAGGGUGAAAGUUAGAGGGUUUACCAACUUUAUAUGGUCGUGAGAGAAAGACUGAUUAUUACUUUGACAAAAUGAGCUAUUUUAUCAUGCAGCUAUAUUCGAGUAACUGUGUGUAUUUGAACAUUUAUGUGCAGACUUCCAAAUGAACCCAUGAUAUUCCUUUAAAUUGUCAAGAGAAUGUUUACGCAUUAGAAAUUUAAGUUUUUAUAAAAGAGUUAUAUCGCCAAAGCAAUAGUAUGUAAAUAUCCUACUAAUGCUUUUUGAGUUAUAUUUAUCAGAGAUAUAGUUGGUUACUGUAUAUUCUAGAUUUCUCCACACAGUUGGAAUUGGGAACAAUAAGACAGUUUUAGGGGUAAUCUGAAUGACUUCCAUCACUGGUUUUUCUUUAAGGUCAAUGCAUAUAUUGUAACCCUGCUUCAGUUACACACGUUACCAUAACUACAGAUUUUGUUAGCAGCGAAACUCUGAAAAUCUGGCACGGAUUUUAAUCACUGUGGCUAAGUAUUAAGACUUUGCAGAUGUUUUGUGGUUCAAAAGGGCCAUGGCUGGUCUGUUUGAAGAAAAGAUACUCUUUCAGUGGGUCAAGCUUUUCCCUGUGCAUGCAUACUGUAGACUGGAUUUACCAUUCAUAGGAGAAUGUUUUUCUCUGUAGUUGAGUCUUAACAGGCAAACAUAUGUUCGCAGGCUGGAUCAAGGUCUUAAAAUAGUGUUUAGGAAUACAUCAUUUUAUUUGUACAGUCUUUAAUGAUGGUUUUCAUCCCAUUUCAGUGUCAUUACACAGGAAUUUGUAGCUAUUCAAAAAAUUCAGCAUCUGAUAUUUUGUCUCUGUUUGUUGCAACAUGACAAGUUUUGGCUUUCUGUAUUAUGAAAAGGUGCUUGUUCAUUCCCAGCUUGGCUGCACGUCUUACACAUCACUGUUUUCAAAAGGUUUUUAGUUAUUAAAUAACAACAACAAAAAAUAUAUAUAUAUUUCAAUCCA